GCGCGCGUUCCCCCUGGUGGGAGAGCUUCUCCCUCGCCUUCCCUCGAGGGAAGGUCGUGGAGCCUUCAGAGUUCACGCAGCCAGAGUGGACGGAGGGCGCAGAGCUUCGGCAGGGAGGCCGAUAAAAAGCCACGCCAGGCCGUCCCGAAAGGGAGUCAGGCAACGGGGCCGGACUAGAAGUCGCGGCGGCGGCGGCGGCGGGAUUCUGUUUCCUGCGGUGCGGACGGAUUUGGCAGUACGUUAACUUCCGGAAGCGUCCUGGCCCUGAGAGGAAAAGCCCUGAAGGAAACAAUAACAAACGACCGGAGGAAGCGCUCCUGAGUCUUGUGUGAGGAACGGUUCUCUCCCGGGAAGAUGCUCUGCGGCCUCUGUGAGGGGACGUGAGAGGGCUUGGUGGCCGGAUUGGCAACCUCCAUUUGCAUGCGAAGUAAAAACCUUCCGUUUCACUCCCAGAGUCCAGCGCCUGAAUGAACUUGAGGCAAUGACUAGAGUGAGAUUGGACUUUUUGGAUCAACUGGCAAAGUUUUGGGAGCUUCAAGGAUCUACAUUGAAGAUCCCUGUGGUGGAGAGAAAAAUCCUGGAUUUGUAUGCUUUAAGCAAGAUUGUUGCCAGCAAAGGAGGUUUUGAAAUAGUCACCAAAGAGAAGAAAUGGUCUAAAGUGGGUAGCCGUUUGGGAUAUCUGCCAGGAAAAGGAACUGGUUCUCUUUUGAAGUCACACUAUGAAAGAAUUCUCUACCCAUAUGAGCUUUUCCAGUCUGGUGUCAGCCUUAUGGGUGUACAAAUGCCUGACUUAGAUAAUAAAGAAAAAGUUGAGGCUGAGGUUCUCAGCACUGAUCUCCAGCCUUCAUCAGACCGGGGAACAAGAAUGAAUAUUCCGCCGAAGAGAACAAGACGUGUCAAGUCUCAGUCAGACUCUGGAGAAGUAAACAGGAACACAGAACUGAAGAAACUUCAGAUUUUUGGGGCUGGACCCAAAGUUGUGGGCCUGGCGGUUGGAGCAAAAGACAAAGAAGAUGAGGUCACCCGAAGACGAAAAGUUACCAACAAGUCAGAUGCAUUUAACAUGCAAAUGAGACAACGGAAAGGAACCCUCUCUGUUAACUUUGUUGAUCUCUAUGUUUGUAUGUUCUGUGGUCGGGGAAACAAUGAGGAUAAAUUGCUUUUGUGUGAUGGAUGUGAUGACAGCUAUCAUACAUUUUGUCUACUUCCACCACUACCUGAUGUGCCCAAAGGAGACUGGAGGUGUCCUAAAUGUGUUGCUGAGGAAUGUAACAAACCUCGAGAAGCCUUUGGAUUUGAGCAAGCUAUAAGAGAAUAUACACUUCAAAGCUUCGGCGAGAUGGCAGAUAAUUUUAAAUCUGAUUAUUUCAAUAUGCCAGUCCAUAUGGUUCCUACAGAACUAGUAGAAAAGGAAUUCUGGAGGCUAGUAAGUAGUAUUGAAGAAGAUGUUAUUGUAGAGUAUGGAGCUGAUAUUUCUUCAAAAGAUUUUGGAAGUGGAUUUCCUGUAAAAGAUGGUCAGAAAAAGAUGUUGCCAGAAGAAGAGGAAUAUGCACUUUCUGGUUGGAAUUUGAAUAACAUGCCUGUUCUGGAGCAGUCUGUUCUUGCACAUAUUAACGUGGACAUUUCUGGUAUGAAGGUGCCAUGGCUGUAUGUGGGGAUGUGUUUUUCUUCUUUUUGCUGGCAUAUUGAAGAUCACUGGAGUUACUCCAUUAACUACUUACAUUGGGGCGAGCCAAAAACAUGGUAUGGUGUACCAUCUCAUGCUGCAGAACAACUGGAGGAGGUGAUGAGGGAGCUGGCCCCUGAAUUAUUUGAAUCACAGCCUGAUCUCCUUCAUCAGUUAGUAACCAUCAUGAACCCAAAUGUGCUCAUGGACCAUGGUGUGCCUGUGUUCAGGACUAAUCAGUGUGCUGGGGAGUUCGUUGUGACGUUUCCUCGGGCCUAUCACUCUGGAUUUAACCAGGGAUACAACUUUGCUGAAGCUGUGAACUUCUGUACUGCUGACUGGUUGCCCAUUGGACGUCAGUGUGUAAAUCACUAUCGACGGCUGAGGCGCCAUUGUGUCUUUUCACAUGAGGAACUCAUUUUCAAGAUGGCAGCCGAUCCAGAAUGCUUAGAUGUAGGGCUGGCUGCCAUGGUUUGCAAAGAGUUGACUCUCAUGACUGAAGAAGAAACAAGAUUAAGGGAAUCAGUUGUACAAAUGGGUGUGGUGAUGUCAGAAGAAGAGGUUUUUGAACUUGUUCCUGAUGAUGAGCGACAGUGUUCAGCAUGCAGAACCACAUGUUUUCUCUCAGCUCUCACCUGCUCCUGUAAUCCGGAGCGACUUGUAUGUCUGUACCAUCCAACUGAUUUGUGUUCCUGCCCCAUGCAGAACAAAUGUCUUAGGUAUCGCUACCCACUAGAAGACCUCCCUUCUCUACUUUAUGGUGUAAAAGUGAGGGCACAGUCCUAUGACACUUGGGUCAGUCGUGUUACAGAAGCAUUAUCAGCUAGCUUCAACCAUAAGAAAGAUUUGGUUGAAUUGAGAGUAAUGCUGGAAGAUGCUGAGGAUAGGAAAUACCCAGAGAAUGAUCUCUUCCGAAAGCUCAGGGAUGCAGUGAAAGAAGCUGAGACCUGUGGUUCUGUGGCUCAGCUGCUGCUGAGCAAAAAGCAAAAGCACAGGCAGAGCUCAGAUAGUGGGAAGACUCGGACCAAACUGACAGUAGAAGAAUUGAAGGCCUUUGUCCAGCAACUUUUUAGUCUUCCAUGUGUCAUCAGCCAGACUCGACAAGUAAAGAAUUUACUGGAUGAUGUCGAAGAAUUUCAUGAACGUGCCCAAGAGGCCAUGAUGGAUGAAACCCCAGAUUCUUCCAAACUCCAAAUGUUGAUAGACAUGGGCUCUAGUCUCUAUGUAGAACUACCUGAAUUGCCUCGACUGAAGCAAGAGCUACAGCAGGCUCGGUGGCUGGAUGAAGUAAGACUAACCCUGUCAGAUCCACAACAAGUCACUUUGGAUGUCAUGAAGAAACUGAUUGACUCUGGGGUAGGGUUGGCACCUCACCAUGCUGUGGAAAAAGCAAUGGCUGAACUGCAGGAGCUCCUCACAGUCUCGGAACGAUGGGAAGAGAAGGCUAAGGUCUGCCUACAGGCAAGACCUCGACACAGUAUGGCGAAUUUAGAAAAUAUUGUGAAUGAAGCCAAGAACAUUCCAGCCUUUCUACCUAAUGUGUUGUCCUUAAAAGAAGCUUUACAAAAGGCUCGUGAAUGGACAGCUAAAGUGGAAGCUAUUCAGAGUGGCAGCAACUAUGCUUAUUUGGAGCAGCUUGAGAGCUUAUCUGCUAAAGGACGCCCUAUCCCUGUUCGUCUUGAUGCUUUGCCUCAAGUGGAAUCACAGGUCGCAGCAGCAAGGGCCUGGAGAGAACGGACUGGGCGGACCUUCCUUAAGAAGAAUUCCAGCCAUACAUUGUUACAGGUGCUAAGUCCCCGAACUGACAUUGGUGUAUAUGGGAGUGGUAAAAACAGGAGGAAAAAAGUAAAAGAAAUAAUAGAAAAAGAAAAGGAAAAGGACCUAGACCUUGAGCCUUUGAGUGACUUAGAGGAAGGACUGGAGGAGACCAGAGAUACAGCCAUGGUGGUGGCAGUUUUCAAAGAACGGGAGCAAAAGGAGAUUGAGGCCAUGCAUUCCCUCAGAGCAGCCAACUUGGCCAAGAUGACAAUUGGGGACCGCAUAGAAGAAGUAAAAUUUUGUAUUUGUCGGAAGACAGCCAGUGGGUUUAUGCUACAGUGUGAGCUCUGCAAAGACUGGUUUCAUAAUAGUUGUGUUCCCCUUCCUAAAUCAAGUUCCCAGAAAAAGGGAUCCAGCUGGCAAGCUAAAGACGUAAAAUUCCUUUGCCCUCUUUGCAUGAGAUCUCGAAGGCCCAGGCUAGAGACUAUUCUGUCAUUGCUGGUAUCCCUUCAGAAGUUGCCUGUACGGUUGCCUGAAGGAGAGGCACUUCAGUGUUUGACAGAACGUGCCAUGAGUUGGCAAGAUAGAGCACGGCAAGCCUUAGCCACAGAUGAACUGUCCUCUGCCCUGGCCAAACUCUCUGUGUUAAGUCAACGUAUGGUGGAACAAGCAGCUCGAGAAAAAACUGAAAAGAUUAUCAGUGCAGAGCUCCAAAAAGCAGCUGCUAAUCCAGACUUACAGGGACAUUUACCUAGCUUCCAGCAAUCAGCUUUUAACCGGGUGGCGAGCAGUGUAUCAUCUUCCCCCCGCCAAACAAUGGACUAUGAUGAUGAGGAAACGGAUUCUGAUGAAGAUAUUCGAGAGACAUAUGGCUAUGACAUGAAGGAUACAGCCAGUGUGAAGUCCUCUAGUAGUCUAGAACCUAAUCUCUUUUGUGAUGAAGAAAUUCCCAUCAAGUCUGAGGAAGUAGUGACUCACAUGUGGACAGCACCUUCAUUCUGUGCAGAACAUGCAUAUUCUUCUGCUUCUAAGAGUUGUUCUCAAGGUUCUAGUACACCAAGAAAGCAGCCUCGGAAGAGCCCUUUGGUUCCCCGAAGUUUGGAGCCUCCAGUUUUGGAGUUGUCUCCUGGAGCAAAAGCCCAGUUGGAAGAACUCAUGAUGGUUGGAGACCUCCUAGAAGUGUCUCUGGAUGAAACACAACACAUAUGGCGGAUUCUGCAGGCCACACAUCCACCCUCAGAGGACAGAUUCUUACAUAUCAUGGAGGAUGAUAGCAUGGAAGAGAAACCACUAAAAAUGAAGGGAAAGGAUUCUUCAGAGAAGAAACGGAAGCGGAAACUAGACAAGGUGGAACAGUUUUUUGGAGAAGGAAAACAGAAGACCAAGGAGCUAAAGAAAAUAGAUAAACCUAAAAAGAAGAAAUUAAAAUUAAAUGUGGACAAAUCAAAAGAGCUGAAUAAAUUGGCCAAGAAGCUAGCAAAAGAAGAAGAGAGAAAGAAAAAGAAAGAAAAGGCUGCUGCAGCCAAAGUUGAGCUUGUGAAAGAGAGUACUGAGAAGAAAAGAGAGAAAAAAGUGUUGGAUAUCCCCUCAAAGUAUGACUGGUCAGGAGCAGAGGAAUCUGACGAUGAGAAUGCCGUUUGUGCAGCACAGAACUGCCAAAGGCCAUGUAAGGACAAGGUAGACUGGGUGCAGUGUGAUGGUGGCUGUGAUGAGUGGUUUCAUCAAGUUUGUGUUGGUGUGUCCCCAGAAAUGGCUGAAAGUGAAGACUACAUCUGUAUAAACUGUGCAAAGAAGCAGGGGCCAGACAGCCCAGGCCAAGCACCACCUCCUCCCUUCAUAAUGAGCUACAAACUACCAAUGGAGGACCUUAAAGAGACCAGUUAG